CUUGCAACACUCUUUUAUUCUCUUUGGCCUUCAAAAACAAUGCACAAAACUCGAAGUAAGAUUCUUGGGUAACUUACUCUCCAAUUCUUGCCAUCAGCUACCACAGAAAAAUGUUCACAAGAACUCCGAAAGUCUUCCGCGCCUUUUUCUUAGUUGUGUCUACACUUCUGGGAUUUGUGACAUUGUUACGACUUCCAAAACAUCCGGACGCUACGCGAAUUUCCGAGUCUUAUCACACCGGACUGUCUAGGGAGCGCAUUGACUGGUCCCGCUUUGCAUACACUCAAUAUGCCACAGACAGGUCUUAUCUCUGCAAUUCAGUCAUGAUCUUCGAGGCCCUUCACCGUCUCGGUACAAAAGCCGAUCUUUUGCUGAUGUACCCCUCCAAGUUUUUCGCGUCUGAGAACGAUAGUUCAAUUGAAGCACGUUUAAUUCGUUUUGCAAGAGAUAAUUAUAACGUGAAGCUUCGGCCGAUCGAGGUAAUCAUGAAGGGAGGAGGAGGAGCACCAUGGUCAACGAGCUAUACGAAGCUCCUCGCUUUCAAUCAAACAGAUUACGACAGAGUUCUCAACUUAGACUCUGACGCCACCCUGCUGCAGACGAUGGACGAGCUGUUCCUACUCCCACCAGCUCCAGUCGCCAUGCCACUGGCCUACUGGUUUUAUCCGGAAGAACGAGUAUUCACAUCCGGGCUUAUGCUCAUUCAACCAUCCACAGAUGAAUUCAAUCGCGUGUUGGAAGAGAUAUGGGACAAUCCUUCUGAAGAAUACGACAUGGAGAUUAUGAACAAGUUAUACGAAGAUAAUACUCUCGUUAUACCGCACCGCCCUUACAUGCUUUUGACGGGAGAAUUCCGCGCCAAGAACCAUGAGGCCUAUCUGGGAAAUACAUAUGAACCGUGGGAUGCUGAAAAAGUUCUAAGAACAGCUAAAUAUCUCCAUUUCUCUGACUGGCCAGUUCCCAAGCCAUGGGUUGCCGCUACUCAACAUGUGAUCGAGCAAACCCAGCCUCCUUGCGAGGUCAACCCUGCUACUGGUCAGCGAGAUGACUGCCAUGUCCGAGAGAUCUGGCUAGGGAUGUACAAGGAAUUUAUGACUAGACGACAGAGCGUAUGUGGCGUUGCUAUACAAGACCAGGAUGCUCAAUAA